AACUCUCCCACCUAACAUUACAAUCUAACUCUGGUACUAAACUUUCUCAGCCUAUAUAUAAUAUCACCAUUUGACAACAACAUAUCACACACAACAAUUUUCUCACAAAACAAAACUCGAUUUGUAACUCUCACACCAUUUCCACUCAUAUCCCAUAAGCACCACCAUGGCUCCACCUAAAGAAAUUCCAACCCUCAUUUACCACAGUGGUCACAUUGUAGACGAUCCAGUUCAAGGAUCGACGUACCAAUGUACGACCCCAAUAUUUUUUUAUGCCAGUCGUUCUAUUACGUUUACACAAUUCAUUCGAAAAAUUAACAAUCGUCUUCCUACUCGAGCAACUGAACAAGUUGCUCAAUUGUUAUUUCGUGUCCCUAUUUCAAUUCAUCUCGGUCAGACACGUUUUAUUUCGGCUCAACUAUUCGACAAUGAUGAUCUUAGAGGCGCAAUGGAAACAAUUAUCCAGAAUCCACAAUUGAAUUAUGCCGAAUUCUAUGUUGUUACUGAGCUUAUUUCUCAACCACAACCAUCGUCUCCACAACCCUCAUGUCCACAACUACAACUACCGCCUCCACAACAGUUACCGUACAACAACAUAGACCUCAAUAAUCCAGUAUCUUUAUACAACAACCUUGAAUCACAAGACCCCUUUGACAUUUAUACUUCAUACACACAAAUAUUAUCCGAGAAUGAUUCUUUUUUUCAUGGCCAACAAACCUCCUUUGACCAACAAAACCAUCCUUCAUCCCCCUUUACGCCACCUUCACAACUACCACAAACGCAAACAUCAAACCGAGAUGAACAUCCCAUUGCUAACGAAGAUCUCAUUAUACGAUUUCAUCAUGAAAACAUGGAUGAUUUUACUGAGGAUGAGGAUCAACAGUUCUUUGAUCACAUCAAUCAGCAAAGCGAUGACCAAAGUGAUGACCAAACCGAUGACGAGGGUGUUGGCAGACCAACGACACCUCCGUCACCUCCGUUGCAAUAUCAGCAACCUAGGUGUCCAGUAGACUUGAACUUUGACCACCUACCACACUAUAUUGAUCGACCCCAUUUUGUUCAUCAGCAACACAAUGUACAACCACCAGUCGGUGUACUCGAGGUUGGCAUGACCUUCGAUGACAAAUCACAAUGUAUUCGAGCAAUCAAAGAAUACAACAUCAGAAAUCAUUUUGAUUGCAGAACAAUUUACUCUGACCAAAGAAGGCUACACUUCGUCUGCAAGUUACAUGAAAAUGGUUGUACAUGGAGCUUGGGCGCAUGCAAUUCAAAGAGGCAUAACAAAUGGAUUAUCAAGAGUAUCAGAGGUCAUCACACUUGUCUCGUGCCGAUGCUUAGACAAGAUCAUCGCCAACUCGACAAACACGUCAUAGCACAGAUCAUCCAACCAAUUGUCAAAACAAACCCAACUGUCUCCAUCAAGACAUUGAUUGUAGAGAUCAAAACGUUCAUGAAUUAUACCCCAUCCUACAAGAAGACAUGGUUAGCAAAGCAAAAAGCAUUGGAGAUGAUUCAUGGAAACUGGGAAGAAUCAUAUGUCAAACUGCCAAAACUUUUCGGAGCUUUGCAAUCUUGUGUUCCCGGGACUGUGGUCGCUGCUCAAACAGAAUCCUUGUAUGAGGGGGGAGAAAUAGUACUGGGCAAAAGAUUGUUUAAACGUGUCUUUUGGUCAUUUGGUCCAUGCAUUAAUGGUUUUGCAUAUUGCAAACCCAUUGUACAAGUAGAUGGUACAUGGCUUUACGGAAAGUAUACUGGCACACUGUUGAUAGCUACCGCACAAGAUGGAGCUAACCAUAUCUUCCCGAUUGCCUAUGCCAUUGUAGAAGGGGAGACAACUUCAGCUUGGGGGUUUUUUCUAAAGAAUUUGAGAAGACAUGUUACUCCGCAAAUUAACAUUUCUCUUAUUUCAGACCGACACCCCUCAAUUAUAAGUGCCUACAACAACCCAAGUAACUUAUGGGUCCAGGACACAUCCCAUUUCUUUUGCCUGCGCCACAUUGCACAAAACUUUCUUCGUGGUAACUCAAACUGCAAACAUUUAAAGAAACCACUUAUGUUGGCUGGGUACGCAUACACGGAGAAGAUGCACUGGCGACAUCUUGGGGAUAUUCGUGCGAAUAAGCCAAGUGCAGCUGAAUGGCUUGAUCAAUUACCCAAACAAAAAUGGGUACAAUGCUUUGAUAAGGGGAAACGUUGGGGACAUAUGACUACCAAUUUGUCGGAGUCUGUUAAUUCCAUGUUCAAAAACACAAGACAUUUGUCGGUGUCAUCAUUGGUUGAGGAGACCUAUUUCAAGACCGCACAACUCUUUGCUAAUAGAGGUCAAAAACUCAGGCAAUGAUCAACUCCGGCUCACAGUAUUCUGAAGUCGUCUUCGAUGCAAUCAAUAGUGGUCAACAAGAAUCUAAUACACACAUUGUAAAUGAAUUCGAUAGACACAAUCACACUUUUAUUAUAACCGAGACUCAAUCCCCACUUGAAACACCCAGACCACCUGGAAGGUUUAGAGUAAUGUUACAAUCCCAAAAGUGUGAUUGUGGUGAAUUUCAGGCUAAACAUUUACCGUGUUCUCACGUCAUGGCUGCCUGUAAAUCUGUCAAUGUUGAUCCCAUGACCUAUGUGCCGAUGAUAUUCACUUUACAACACAUUUUGCACAUCUACGACAACUCCUUUGGUUUAUUGCCACACGAAUCAAUGUGGCAAGAAUAUGAAGGAGAUCAGUAGGGUCCUGAUCCAAGGAGAAAGAGGAUUGUAAAGGGUCGUCCAGUUUCAACUCGCAUUCCUACUGAGAUGGACGAAGACGAAAAUGAACGAGCAAGUAGAAAAAAAUGUGGACUUUGUCAACAACAUGGUCAUAGCAGAAAUAAUUGUCCUAAUGUAUCCUCAUCUUAGUUUUUCCUUAGACAAAUGUCAUUGUUUAAAUAUUUUAUUGAUGACGUAGUAUAAUGUUCUUAUAUAAAUAAAUUGUUAAAAGCUUUAGUUUUA